UAGAGCUUGAUUAAUACCCCCACACAAGCAAAGCAAUGGCUUUCCACUUCCCUCGUCGGAGCUUCGUCUUCGUUGUCUUUUUCUUGUCGUUUACGAUGUCGGGGAUGACCACGAAACCGGUGCUCGCCAUCUUUCAAGCAAGCCCUUGGAAGCUCGCCCAUGCCACCUUCUAUGGCGAUGAGACAGCAUCUGAAACAAUGGGAGGAGCAUGUGGGUAUGGAAACUUGUUCACGAACGGCUACGGCGUGGCCACGGCGGCGCUGAGCUCCACACUCUUCAUCAACGGCUACGCUUGUGGAGCAUGCUUUCAAAUCAAAUGCAUGCAAUCCAAAGCAUGCUACGCCAAUGUUCCCUACACCACCGUGACGGCCACCAACCUCUGCCCUCCCAAUUGGGCGAAGCCGUCCGACAACGGCGGUUGGUGCAAUCCUCCGAGAGUUCACUUCGACAUGUCGAAACCCGCCUUCAUGAAGAUCGCCAACUGGAAGGCUGGCAUUGUCCCCGUCACAUACCGACGGGUGGCUUGCGGUCGACAGGGUGGCCUUCGGUUCACGUUCCAAGGAAACGGGUACUGGCUUUKGGUGUACGUGAUGAACGUCGGCGGCGGAGGCGACGUGUCGGGGAUGUGGGUGAAAGGGAGCAAGAUGGGGUGGAUCAAGAUGAGCCAUAAUUGGGGAGCUUCGUAUCAAGCUUUUUCAACUUUGGUUGGCCAAACUCUCUCUUUUAGAGUCACUUCUUACACAACCAAAGAGACAAUCACGGCUUGGAAUGUUGCCCCUUCUAGUUGGAGGUUUGGAUUGACCUACAAAACCAAUGUCAACUUUCGUUAAUGUUUAGUGCGGGGUGUGUUCAUACUCGAAUUAUUCGAGUCAACUCGACCUAAAUAUUCAAUGGUUGAGUUGAGUUGAACUGAAUUCAUCACUAGAUAAGGAUUGUUUCGAUUUAGACAAUUGAGAUUACUAACAAGUAUCUCAAUUUUUGGUGAGCCGCACGUAACUUGAUGUCAUGUCCUACAUGAUACGUGGUCGUUUUGGAGCUUUUUCUUUUUAAAAGCCUGGAUGAUCGAUUCCUAUUUCAUAU